CUGGGGAGCUGGAGGCGGAGGCGGCUGGGGAGGUCCGAGCGAUGUGACCAGGCCGCCAUCGCUCGUCUGUUCUUCUCUCCUGCCGCCUCCUGUCUCGAAAAUAACUUUUUUAGUCUAAAGAAAGAAAAAAAAAAGUAGCCGUCCGCCCCUCACGCCCUCUCUUCCUCUCAGCCUUCUGCCCGGUGAGGAAGCCCGGGGUGGCCGCUCCGCCGUCGGGGCCGCGCCGCCGAGCCCCGGCCGCCCCGGGCCGUCCCCGCACGCCGCCCCCAUGCAUCCCUUCUACACCCGGGCCGCCACCAUGAUAGGCGAGAUCGCCGCCGCCGUGUCCUUCAUCUCCAAGUUCCUCCGUACCAAGGGGCUCACGAGCGAGCGACAGCUGCAGACCUUCAGCCAGAGCCUGCAGGAGCUGCUGGCAGAACAUUAUAAACAUCACUGGUUCCCAGAAAAGCCAUGCAAGGGAUCGGGUUACCGUUGUAUUCGCAUCAACCAUAAAAUGGAUCCUCUGAUUGGACAGGCAGCACAGCGGAUUGGACUGAGCAGUCAGGAGCUGUUCAGGCUUCUCCCAAGUGAACUCACACUCUGGGUUGACCCCUACGAAGUGUCCUACAGAAUUGGAGAGGAUGGCUCCAUCUGUGUGCUGUAUGAAGCCUCACCAGCAGGAGGUAGCACUCAAAACAGCACCAACGUGCAAAUGGUAGACAGCCGAAUCAGCUGUAAGGAGGAACUUCUCUUGGGCAGAACGAGCCCUUCCAAAAACUACAAUAUGAUGACUGUAUCAGGUUAAGAUAUAGUCUGUGGAUGGAUCAUCUUAUAAUGAUGGAUAAAUUUGAUUUUUGCUUUGGGUGGGCUCCUCUUGGGGAUGGAUUAUGGAAUUUAAACCAUGUCACAGCUGUGAAGAUCUGGCACAAGAUAGAAUGGUAAAAAAAAAAUUUUUUAAGUGACAGUGCCAUAGUUUGGACAGUACCUUUCAAUGAUUAAUUUUAAUAGCCUGUGAGUCCAAGUAAAUGAUCACUUUAUUUGCUAGGGAGGGAAGUCCUAGGGUGGUUUCAGUUUCUCCCAGACACACCUGAAUUUUUACAUCAGUCCCUUUAAAGAAAAUCUGUAUUACAAAGAACCUUUCUCUGCAGUAAAUCUCGCAGAGGAAUUUGCACUAUUACACUUGAAAAUUGUUACUGUUAACCUUUUUGGCAGCUCAAUAGGAAAGCUGAACGUUUUAAACAUGGUAGUACUGGAAAUUUUACAAGACUUUUACCUAGCACUUAUGUAUAAAUGUACAUAAAGACAAACUAGUAAGCAUGACCUGGGGAAAUGGUCAGACCUUGUAUUGUGUUUUUGGCCUUGAAAGUAGCAAGUGACCAGAAUCUGCCAUGGCAACAGGCUUUAAAAAAGACCCUUAAAAAAGACACUGUCUCAACUGUGGUGGUAGCACCAGCCAGCUCUCUGUACAUUUGCUAGCUUGUAGUUUUCUAAGACUGAGUAAACUUCUUAUUUUUAGAAAGUGGAGGUCUGGUUUGUAACUUUCCUUGUACUUAAUUGGGUAAAAGUCUUUUCCACAAACCACCAUCUAUUUUGUGAACUUUGUUAGUCAUCUUUUAUUUGGUAAAUUAUGAACUGGUGUAAAUUUGUACAGUUCAUGUAUAUUGAUUGUGGCAAAGUUGUACAGAUUUCUAUAUUUUGGAUGAGAAAUUUUUCUUCUCUCUAUAAUAAAUUGUUUCUUAUCUUGGCA